GUCCUUUUUUAUUUCUGUUUUCAGAGACUAGUGCUAUCUCCACUAGAACAAAGUGGGGAAUUACAUGAAAUGAGACACCCUCACAAGCCCAGAAUUUCAGUAUAAAAACCCUCUCAGGUGGGGAAAUUCCUGAGCACUACAACAUCGUUCUUCCUCACAAGUUGUGUUGUGACGGCAAAUUGAAGAAAUGGAGUCUCCAAUUGGGAAGUUCAUUUGCAUACUCGCAUUGCUCCUAAUAGUGAGCAUGGCGUCCCAGGGGUCUCACGCUGCGGGUGAGUGCGGGAAGUCAACGACCCCCGACGCCGAGGCCAUGAAGCUGGCCCCCUGCGCAUCGGCCGCGCAGGACGUGAAAGCCCCCGUGUCCGACAGCUGCUGUGCCCAGGUGAAGAACAUAGGCCAGAGCCCGAGCUGCCUCUGCGCCGUGAUGCUCUCUAACACAGCCAAGGUUUCUGGUAUCAAGCCCGAGAUCGCCAUCACAAUCCCCAAGCGCUGCAACAUCGCGGACCGUCCGGUGGGUUACAAGUGCGGAGCUUAUACCUUGCCAUGAUGGAAGACCGUAUGCCCUUGGAUAUAUGGUUGCAAAUGGUUCCUCGGUAACCGAUGCUUCAGCUCUGUCGUUUUAUAAACAAAUAAAAGGGACAGGAGCUUUUGUUGUAAUCUAUGAUCCUAUCUACCUUAAUAAAUCGCAGCGCAUCUGAGGGUUUCUCAGCUGCAAGAAUCUUCCAA